AGUACAGAGAAAUUUGCUUGAUAAUUUCAGCUCAUAUACUCUACCUUCCCGAUAUGGCCUUUCACGAGAACAUGUACAGGGAUUAGUGAACAUUUAAAGAGAUGGAGAAUAUCAAUGCAACGCAACAAAUGUUUGGGGCCAGCAGUUCUUCAGAGAAAAGCAUUCCAGUGGAACUGUUGGAAUAUGACUACAUUGCAAAGUGUACUGAUGGAAAGGAAUUGGAGAAGAUCUACAAAAUAUUGAGGGCUGGUACAGAGGGUUACUACCCUGAUCUUGUACAGUUCUGUGAGAGAAGACUAGCAGACAUUGCUCCAAAUAGCAAGUUACUAAGGAAGGAAGUUAGACCGGCUACAGAGUAUGACCUAGGCAAAGAGGAGUGGUCAAAGGUCAACAAUGAUGUCAAGGACUGGGUCAAUGAUAUUUCUAAGGAUGGAAGCGAAGAUGGGGAUGUUGUUACAGAAGAAAAGCUACCUCCUGUUCGCAAUAGAGGUGUGAUAAAUACAGAUGGCAAGAAGAAUGAAUCUUCCAAGGAGUGGGGGAAGCCUUCGGCGGAGCGUAUCAAGGGCUCUGAUUUCAGGCAAUGGGACAAGUACAAUGCUGAUGAAGAAGAAGCCAGAGUAGAUGAUAAGGAUGGAGGCAUGAAAGCUGCCUACGAGAAACUCUCUAACGCACGAUCAGCUGCUGAAGCCCGAACUAACAUUGAUACAAGCGGUAUGACAGACAGAGAAAGAGAAUCAGUAGCAAACAGAGAGAAAGACAAAGGAAAUGAGGCAUUCCGUGCCAGUGAUUACCAAGAAGCUAUUCUUUACUAUACCAGGAGCUUAUCUGUAGUACCUUCUGCUCCAGCCUACAACAACAGGUCCCUUGCAAGAAUCAAGGUUGGGGAGUUUGAUGGAGCAAUAGAGGACUGUACCAAGGUGCUUCAGCUGGAGCCUACCAACAUCAAAGCUUUAUUGCGGAGGGGAACAGCUAGGAAAUCUCUGAAGAAUUACAAACUUGCUCUUCAAGAUCUUCAGGCUGUCCUUCAAGUAGAACCAAACAACAAACAGGCUCUGGAUAUGGUAAAUGAUGUGGUAGCCAAGAUGGAGAAGGAGAAGACACAGAUUGAGGACGAGCUGAAGAAAAAAGGAUCUACGAGCAGUACAUGUAUAUCCGGACAGCAGCAACUCUCAUCUGGUGAAACCAAGGCCAAGUCUGGAGGCAGGAGACUAGUCAUUCAGGAGGUAGAGGAAGAACAAUGCAGUGAGGACGAGGAUGCUGGAGAGAAAGAAGUGAACGUUUCCAAGAAGACUUUGGAGAAGAAGGAUUCGAAUAACAGCAUGCAGAGUCCAGUGGAAAGUGGCAGCAGUGAGAUAGAUGGGGGCAGUUCAAGCAAGACCAAGCCACCGGUAUCGUCUAGUUCUCCAGUGCUGAACAAUACAUCCCAAGUUCCAAUUGCAGCGAAUCAAAGUGAAAAACCUACGCCCACUCCACCCAAGCCUGCCCCGCCCCUUCCAAAGAUGGUGGUUUCCCUCAAGGAUGCUGGCAAUGACUUCUUCAAGCAGGGGCAGUAUACAGAAGCUAAUGACCGCUACAGCAAAGCAAUCAAGACACUCUGUAAAGAUAAGCAUGUUCACUCCAUGGGAUUGUCUACAUUGUACAGCAACAGGGCAUCAUGUCAUCAUAGAUCUGGCAAUCCCAAAGCCUGUAUUGAGGACUGCACUUCAGCUCUGGAUCUUAACCCAAACAAUGUGAAGGUAUACUUGAAGAGGGCCCAGGCAUAUGAAACAAUUGAAAAAUAUGACUAUGCCUAUGUGGAUUUCAAGACUGCGAUGAACUUUGACAUGUAUAAUACCAAUGCUCAAAAUGGAGCUAGCAGGAUGUUACAAAUUUUGAAGGAUAAACAUGGGAAGCAGUGGAGGGAAAAGUUACCUUCAGAGCCCAAGUCUCCCAGCUUUCCCUGGCCAGCCUAUGUGCAUUCCAGUCUUGGUUCUACCACUACAUCCUCCACCUCUUCUGAUACCACCAUGUCAACCAAUUCAAAGAAUCAAACAGCCCCAGGUUCUACCCCAGUGCACACCACAGACCCAGCUGCUGAAACAAAUGCUGCACAGACAAUAUCACCUGUGGCAGAAGUUGCUUCAGCAUCGCCGUCCUCAUCUACCACUCCUGCUGCAAAGGCUCCAUUCAGUGCUUCAACAGGGGGCGCUGCACCACCCGAAGGAGCCAUGCCGUCGUCUACGAAGACUGCUCAUAAACCCAAGACGUCCCCGUCGCAACCUCCACUAAGAGAAGCAGGGAAGAAGAAGACCGCUCUUGAUAAACCGAAAACCAAAGAGGAAAGGUUCCAGGAAUUCAAGGCUCAGGGCAAUGACCUUGUGAAGAAGGGUGCAUACAGUCAAGCUAUCGGCUGCUAUACAAGAAGUAUUGAAGUAGACUCAAGCCAAGCUGUCAGCUAUUCCAACAGAGCACUCUGCUAUCUCAAACUGAACCUGCCUGAAGAUGCAAUCGAGGAUUGUAAUGAAGCCCUCAAGAGAGAUCCUAAAGGAGUCAAAGCUCUCUAUCGUAGAGCACUGGCUAGGAAGACGUUGGGUAGUUUCCAGGAGAGUGUAAAAGACUUGAUGGACUUGCUCAAAAUAGAACCCGCUAAUCCGUCUGCCAAGAAGGAACUGGAAUUGGUGAAAGAUGCCUGGAGGAAGGAUUUGAGAGAUAAACAGAACAAGGCUGCUCAGGAGAGCAAAGAGAAUGAUGGAAGGACUGGUGUAGAAAAUGGAGUUGAUAUGAAAAAGAAAUCUGGCAAGAGGAUGCAGAUUGAGGAAGUGACCGAGAGCAGUGAUGAAGAGCAGGAUCCAGUUUCUAGGAAAAGUAAUGUACCCUCUUCACCUAAAGAAACCUCUUUGCCAGCAGCUGAGAAGGGAGUUAUAGAUACAGGGAAAAUGGAAAAAAGGAAGAAACUGCAGUCUGCUACCACAGAAGGUAGUGGAACAAAGUCUUCAAAUGUUGCAAAUGGUUUACCAGCUCAAAAAAAGAUGACUGCCUAUGAGUUCAUGCAAGAGUGGAUAUCAUUGAAGAGGAGAAAGAAUCUUGAGGCACAUGCUAAGCUCUUGAAACAGGUGCAGCCCAAUGAUAUUCCGAAAGUUAUGAGCAACAAACUUGAUGGGGACAUGUUGGCUAAGAUCUUAAGUGCAUCAGCCAAUCACCUAGUUGAAGAAGAUCCUGCCUUCACCUACCAACUUCUCAACAAGCUACGAUGUGUAGAUCGCUUCAAGACCAUCGCCAUGUUCCUGACCAAAAUGGACAAAGACAAUAUGCAGAGAUGCAUCAACAUGAUAUCAAAGUCAGAGAUAUGCAAGGAAGAUGACCUUAAGAAGCUCAAGAAAGCCUAUCAGAUAUAAGACAAAAUGUAAUAUGCCCCUAGAGUGGAAUUACUAGAUGUUUUCUUUCAUUUUUUUUUACCUUCUGUUUCUUUUUCCCAGUGUAGAUCAUGUUUCUUGCAAAGUUCAACCUGUAGUUUCUAACACUGUAAAGAUUUGUUACCCUUUAUGUUUAGUCGUACUCUAUUAUUGAAGUUUAUGUUUUGACUAAAAAGUCAUAAGGGAUAUAUUAUAUGGUUAGAGGUACUGGUCCACCAAAUAUUUCUUUGCAAUCUUGAUUGGAGAGAGGAGAUAAGGUAUCGGGACAAAGCAAAGGCUUUCAAUCACAAAAUUACAAUGACCAUUCAGGAUCAAAAGAUCGUAUGUUUUUAUCACUAAAAGGUACUAGCAUCAUCAUUUUUCAUUUGACAGAAUUAUUAGGACUGCCAAAAAAUUUGCCCUUGAUAUAUGAGAAGUUGCCUUUCGAUGCUAUUGCUGUUCUAAUAUUGAUCAGUUUGCUUCGAACGCAUAACUUCAUUUGAAAAAUAAUUAAGAUUCAAAUGCAACUUUGUAGUGGAGAUCAAUACAUUUAUUACUGUAACUAAGUCAACUGUCUGACAACCGUAUUCU